UCCUGAAUGCUUUAGUGAUGGAUACAGUUAUGGUACAAGACAGCUUUCAGUUAAGAUUAGAGGAUCAGUCACUAUCCCAUGUUUUUAUGACAGGAAAUACACACAACAGAUGAAAUUCUGGUACUCCGAAAAUGAUAACAUUCGCAUUUACACAAACACUACAGCUGGAGAUGUGAGAGUAAUUGAUUAUCCUGCUCAGAGUCUUUUUACUGUCACUAUGAGAAACCUGAAGGGUGAACACAAUGGGACUUAUUAUUGUGCUGUAGAGACUGAUGAACAAUCAGGAAAGAUGACCACCACAGAUGAGCUUCAUCUCCAUGUUCAACCUGCUCCUGAUCUCUCUGUGAUGUCCAGCAGUGUAACUGUAGAUGAAGGUGGUAAUAUCAGUGUACAGUGUCUCUACAGCACUAAAUAUAAGAAUAAACACAAACAGUGGUGCAGAUAUAAAGACAAGAGCUGUUACACAUACCAGAAUGCAUCAGUUGAGAUCAGUGAUGAUGGGAGAGGAUCUUUGACUGUGGUGAUGUCUGGACUGAUGAAGAGUGAUUCUGGCUGGUAUUACUGUUCUGUUAAAGUUCAUGAUGGUCUUCUUCAAGAUCUACAGGUUCCUGUUCAACUCACAGUCACUGCUAAAACUCAGUCAAUAAUCAAAGCUACAGAUGCCACAUGGCCCAUUUCUGUCUGUCUCAAGCCCAGAUAAAUUCACAAGCUGUUCUCAACAUUGACCUUAAUAGUUACCUAUUCAAAAAGAUAUACUGCAAUUUGCAAAAGAAUAAUUAAAAUUUAAACUAAAAUAUUGAGUAUACUAGACAAAGAGCACUAUAUUAAUAAAUUCUACUCAAUUAUAUUAUUUUGAUUAGUAUCAUCCUGAUUUAAAAUGCAGUUAUUAAUAUUUUUAAUAAUUUUAAGUGUUUAAUAUUACAUUAUUAAGUAUUAUUAAUUUAAUCUAAUUUAAGAACGACAGACAAAGAUGAAUCAAUUCAAAGAGCAGGAAAGAAUCUCAUUUUAAAGGUGUAUUUGCAACAGUGUAAACUUCAAAAAUUACUUUACAGUCCUUAGAGAGAAGCGUCCACCUUUCCUGAACACAAUGGUACCAUGUUUGUUUUCUGCAACAUUGAUCCACACUCAAAGCAUCUCAUUUUAAGACGGCAAUUUAAAGUAGGCUUGAGAUAUUGUACUCAACACCUCAAAAUAAAAACAUUAGCCUGGGAUACUGGAGAUUCAAUGCAUAAGUCAAUCCAAGGAGGAUAUAGCAUGCCCUGGGAACACCUUCAAGGCAUGACGAAACCUUUACUCCCUUCAUAACAAUUCCAGCAUCCUUUGGGCUGUCACUUGUAGAAGAUCCAUUUGUUACAAUUACAGCCAUCACAAGCUGGUCAAGUCUGGCCUGUUCUUCAUUUUCCUGCAAAAUUAAGCAGCAAUUAUGUCUUAAAACCUUUAUAAUACUUAUGAAAUUUAUAUAGCUUGAAUAUUGAAAUAAUGCAUAAAUUAAAUUCUUUGAUGAGGUCUCUAUGUUCACAAAUGUAUUAUUCUACUAUGUAGCUGAUUACUUCUUGUCACAUGAACAGGACUUGACUCAUCCAAAAAAAAUUAACUUUGUAGGUUCUUCAAAAUAUUGGUGCAAAUGGUGUCAAAAUUAUGUGUUGAAAUUUCAUAUGUGUUUUUUGUUCAUAUGUGUUAUUUGUAGUGCAUCAUUAAGGAAGUAAAAUUGAAGCACAACAAUUACA